AUGACAUCAGCUACUGUGCUUGAUAUUGCAACAAAAAUAACAGUAGCGACAACGACAAUGACAACGGUAACGACGACAGUAACAGCAGCAGUAAUCAGUAGUCUUAAGAGUUUGGAUGGCAUAACAGUAUCAAACUCAUUUGAUAAAGUAGCGACAGUCGCAAUUAUUUGCUUAUUAAUUGGUGUAAUGAUUGUCGCAACAUUAGUUGGUAAUUCACUGGUAAUUAUGGCUGUCUUACUGGUACGAAAAUUGAAGAUCCAACCGGCAAAUUAUUUGUUUGUUUCAUUGGCAGUUGCCGACUUUUGCGUUGGUUUGUUGGUAAUGCCCAUUGCAUUAAUCGACUUGCUUACUGAUCGUUGGAUUCUUGGUGGAGCGGUAAAAGCUUUUUGA